CAUCUCACCCACUUACCAACUGUUCUACUUUCAAUAUUGAGCAAGUUCCAUAUUGACCUUACCAACCCCUCCUUUCCCCCUCUGUCUCUCCUUUUGUUGCUGUAUUCAAGCUCAGGUUCUGGCGAGAGAAGCCCACCGAUCUUUGUUUCAUCCAAGAAGGCUAAAAAGCUCUUCUUUUCUUUCUCAAAACCAAAAGAAGGCAAGAGUGAAAUGGGUGGUCAAGGAAAGUUCUUUACUUUAUCUGAGGUUUCUGAGCACAACAACGCCAAAGAUUGUUGGCUUGUCAUUGAGGGGAAGGUAUAUGAUGUAACAAAAUUCUUGGAGGACCACCCUGGUGGCGAUGAGGUUUUGCUUUCCGCCACAGGGAAGGAUGCAACCGAUGAUUUUGAGGAUGUUGGGCACAGCAGCAGUGCAAGGGCAAUGAUGGACGAAUUCUAUGUUGGUGAGAUUGAUUCGUCGACAAUUCCUGCUAGGAAGGCAUAUACUCCACCGAAGCAACCUCACUACAACCAAGACAAGACACCAGAGUUCAUCAUCAAGCUCCUCCAAAUUGUAGUUCCCCUGCUAAUCUUGGGCUUGGCUGUUGGUAUCCGCUUCUAUACUAAAUCAGCUGAAGCAUAAGAACUGAAACAAGAACCAUGAAUCAAAAAGAUGAUCAAAAUAAGUUGUGUUAGUUAUCCUUGUACCUUUGGGGAUCUGAGGACAUCUGGGUUGUGAUGAAUAUGUGGUUGUAAAAUUUCACAUUUUCUUCUUUUAUUUCUUAUGCCAUUGGAAAACAUUGAUUGAUUUUGAAAACACGACUCUGAGAACAAUCUGCUCAUCUCCUAGAAAGAGUGUCUCUCAUUGGCA